GGAUACAUCACGUUGUGUAUAAAAACCCGGAUCUUUUGUUUUGAGCAGUUAGAAUCGCUCCUGUGACGAAAGAAAAGAGACUCAUAAACUCCGUGCUCCUCAAGAAAAGAACAUUUGUUUCGUAAAGAUGCAGAUCUUUGUGAAGACGCUGACUGGCAAGACCAUCACUCUUGAGGUUGAGCCCAGCGACACCAUUGAGAAUGUAAAGGCCAAGAUUCAGGACAAGGAAGGCAUUCCUCCUGACCAGCAGCGUCUGAUCUUCGCUGGCAAACAGUUGGAAGAUGGACGCACACUGUCCGACUACAACAUCCAGAAGGAGUCCACCCUCCAUCUGGUGCUCCGCCUCAGAGGUGGAAUGCAGAUCUUCGUCAAGACCUUGACUGGCAAGACCAUCACUCUUGAGGUUGAGCCCAGCGACACCAUUGAGAACGUCAAGGCCAAGAUCCAGGACAAGGAAGGCAUUCCUCCUGACCAGCAGCGUCUGAUCUUCGCUGGCAAACAGUUGGAAGAUGGACGCACGCUGUCCGACUACAACAUCCAGAAGGAGUCCACCCUCCAUCUGGUGCUCCGCCUCAGAGGUGGUAUGCAGAUCUUCGUAAAGACCCUAACUGGCAAGACCAUCACUCUUGAGGUUGAGCCCAGCGACACCAUUGAGAACGUCAAGGCCAAGAUCCAGGACAAGGAAGGCAUUCCUCCUGACCAGCAGCGUCUGAUCUUCGCUGGCAAACAGUUGGAAGAUGGACGCACACUGUCCGACUACAACAUCCAGAAGGAGUCCACCCUCCAUCUGGUGCUCCGCCUCAGAGGUGGAAUGCAGAUCUUCGUAAAGACCCUAACUGGCAAGACCAUCACACUUGAGGUUGAGCCCAGCGACACCAUUGAGAAUGUCAAGGCCAAGAUCCAGGACAAGGAAGGCAUUCCUCCUGACCAGCAGCGUCUGAUCUUCGCUGGCAAACAGUUGGAAGAUGGACGCACGCUGUCCGACUACAACAUCCAGAAGGAGUCCACCCUCCAUCUGGUGCUCCGCCUCAGAGGUGGUAUGCAGAUCUUCGUAAAGACUUUGACUGGUAAGACCAUCACACUUGAGGUUGAGCCUAGCGACACCAUUGAGAACGUCAAGGCCAAGAUCCAGGACAAGGAAGGCAUUCCUCCUGACCAGCAGCGUCUGAUCUUCGCUGGCAAACAGUUGGAAGAUGGACGCACACUGUCCGACUACAACAUCCAGAAGGAGUCCACCCUCCAUCUGGUGCUCCGCCUCAGAGGUGGAAUGCAGAUCUUCGUAAAGACCCUAACUGGCAAGACCAUCACACUUGAGGUUGAGCCCAGCGACACCAUUGAGAAUGUCAAGGCCAAGAUCCAGGACAAGGAAGGCAUUCCUCCUGACCAGCAGCGUCUGAUCUUCGCUGGCAAACAGUUGGAAGAUGGACGCACACUGUCCGACUACAACAUCCAGAAGGAGUCCACCCUCCAUCUGGUGCUCCGCCUCAGAGGUGGUAUGCAGAUCUUCGUAAAGACCCUAACUGGCAAGACCAUCACACUUGAGGUUGAGCCCAGCGACACCAUUGAGAAUGUCAAGGCCAAGAUCCAGGACAAGGAAGGCAUUCCUCCUGACCAGCAGCGUCUGAUCUUCGCUGGCAAACAGUUGGAAGAUGGACGGACACUGUCCGACUACAACAUCCAGAAGGAGUCCACCCUCCAUCUGGUGCUCCGCCUCAGAGGUGGUAUGCAGAUCUUCGUAAAGACCCUAACUGGCAAGACCAUCACACUUGAGGUUGAGCCCAGCGACACCAUUGAGAAUGUCAAGGCCAAGAUCCAGGACAAGGAAGGCAUUCCUCCUGACCAGCAGCGUCUGAUCUUCGCUGGCAAACAGUUGGAAGAUGGACGGACACUGUCCGACUACAACAUCCAGAAGGAGUCCACCCUCCAUCUUGUUCUGCGUCUUCGUGGGGGCAAUUAAUAUGCUUAAGUUUAAUAUAUAAGUCUUGAAAAUUAUCAGACCAAUUACCCUUUCCUUUGUUCAUCUUAAUCAUUCAAUAAAGUUCUGGCAUUCCUGA